CUUGCAGUUUAUCUUGAUGUACAUAUUGACUGCGAUUCGAUCACUGGACCUGGACUACCAGGAAGAGGCGUUCCGUCUGCACAAGACGUUUUAGAUUAUAUAAGAUUCAAGUUCUUUAAAUCAGCUGGUCCGCGUGAACUGGAAGAGGUGAAGAGUGAGGAGCAGAAAGUGCAGUGUAGCGGUGCGACCACCAGUCUGGAAGAAGAGUGUUCCCCUGUCAUAGAACCUGGUCCACAAAAGAAAGAUACAACAGUGGGCCAUGGCGAUGGUGAAAAUGAAAGCAUAUACUCUGCAAAGUUGGCGGAUCUUCGACUUGAAUUGGAAGUGGAAGAGACAACGUCGCCCUCUACUUUGCUUCCCACAGGUGCUGACACAGUGGGGUUUUCCUCUACCCAAGAGGUUUUGAAUAGAGUUGCUACAAAGUACCUUCAGGAAGUGGAGCCAUCAUCACCAGAGGCGUUUAAUGAUUUUAUACGGUAUUUGAAUGAAGCUCGCAAUGUUAUAAUUGUUGAUGUUAAAAAAGGAAGCUUAAUAAUCACAGCAGAGUGUAGCUCUCUCGCGAUCUUGGAUGAAUUGUGGAAAGCCUAUUGCAUAGGUUACCUAAACGAAAUGGCACAGUUUCUAGUAACACUGGAUGUUCUGACAAGAUUUGGGCUGACCGAGGUGAAACUUAAAACUACCAUCGUGGAAGAAGAGUAUGAAGCUUGUCGAGAGGUGUUUUUAAAAGAAGGUGCAGGUGGGUAUAUUUUAUGAACACUGUCACGUCUUUUCCGUAGGUUAUCGUACUUAAUAGAAGUAAGGCGAAAGGUGUUCGUGCUUACUCGUGUCCCCGGUUCUUUCUCUAAAAUUUUUUAGGUUAUUCAUGAAGUGUCAGGCCCGCCGAGAUCAACGAUUUAUCGUAAAAUAUUACAGUAUCACGGUUUUGGAAUAAGAGAUAGGAUUCAAUUGAAUUGGGAUCAUUUUCAAAUAUAUAGAAGUGUAUAAAUUCAGUAAUUUUUCGUCUGACGAUUUUUCCCGAAGGCUUUAAACAUUGUCAAGGUGAAACGAAAAGGUUUUCCCGAUGCAUCUCUCUUUACGUGUGGAAUGACCGUCAGCUACAUUAUUCUUUACUUUAAAAGAGGACAUUGUAUUUUUUGCGUGAAGAAGCUUAAUUCCCGCAAAAAUAUUCCUUGAAAGUCCCGCUAACGUUUCCGCCUCGAAAUCAAAUUUUCAAAUCAAAAACUAAAGAAUGAAAGCGCAGGUCCAACCUAACAAACCAAUCCAUUUUGCUGAAUUACCUCGAUCUUGAAUGCAAACAACAACAGUUUCCGGGCCUACAUGUUAAUGAUCAGGACUUUCGACUGGUACACGGAUAACAGCGGUGAUUUCGGCGCCAUUUCGUUAACGGAGCGAGGUUGCGCCACGCCGAUCUCUAAAGAAGUGGAGUCACAUACCGGAUAUAUAUGUUCACAGUAUACCGGACAAUUCCGGGCCCCAGGUCAUUAUCACUUAAACACGGCGAAAUUAAUUUCUUUUUGCGGUAAGUUAGCCUUGCUAUUAACCAGGAAUAAGUUAAAUUUUUGAAUGAAUACGUGAGAAAAGAGGCGUUUGACCUGUAAAAGGCCAAAACCAAUCUUUUUGUUCGGAGAAGCUUAAAAUUAAUCGUUUAAUUCCAACCGAUAGGGCUUCUGUUCACACACAAGAACGGUGACUUUGGCGCGAUUUCUGUAACGGAGCGAAGGUAGGCGCGCAGAUCUCUUAGCCUGUCAGUAGAAGGGUGAUUUCGGCGCGAUUUCGGUAACGGGGCGAAGCUGCGCCGCGCCGAUCUCCUAGGCUAUGUUCACACUGUAUUGGAUGCUUUUUAUUACCUUUGCUCCGGCACGGAAACCAUGAAAACGUUGAAGCAGUGAUUUUAAUUAUUUCCUGGUGAUAUUCACACUAGAACUUCAAGUCAGACAUAUACUUUAAGUGGUCAGACUUGAGGCAGACGUGAAUGCAGAAAGCAUUAAUGCUCUCUAGACAAGUAUUACUUGAGAAACGCAAAAUAAAAACGACUGUUUUAAUGAAAUACGUGAAACUUGGGUGGCGUAUGCGCGGCGAAGCUAACGAAACGAAAUCGAACCAAAAAUCAAUCGAACCAAAUCGAUCGGAUUGUUAUUCGAUUGGUUCGGUAAUCGAACAUAAUCGAAUUGGAACUAGCUUGGAACUUUUCGGUGAAUUCACUUAAUCGAACUCGUCGAACUCAUUGGAACUAAUCGAACUUAAUCGAAGUGAAUUGUUCGAUUUUGCUCGGCAAAAAGACAAAAAGGUUUAAAAACAGUGAUCAUUUAGUUUCAAUUCAAUCGAAAAAAAUUUCCCUCUGAAGCAGGUAGGAAAACAUAAGGACAUUUCAGUUGACUUAGAUCUUUAUCCGGCCAUCUAAGGAUUUGACCGGACAAAACCUAUUUUUGACGGGACAUUGUCCGUUGACCGGCCGUUAUUUGCAGCCCUGUUAUUGUUAAAGUAAUCAAGAAAUUCGCAGUUAAUACUGGAAGUGCUUAAUGACCUUAGCGGGCAUAAUACUUACACUUUGACUUCGACGAUCAAUGGGCAACGCACAGGCAUCAGUUCACGUUGCAAAGUCUAAGCUGGCCGGGCCGCCGCCAUUGCCAGUUACCGUAAGAUCUGGAUCCCUACCUCCCCUUUUUCUCUUACCAAAACUUUUCAUCCAUAGCGACGGCGAAAGGGCACUUGUACUCGUGCUAACCUUUAACCAUCAGUAACGGCCAUCGCUUCCAGAAUUGUUAGUUUCACGCUGGGUUUCACGAUUUCGGCUUUCUCCGACAUCUUGCCUGUAUACUCGGGUUUGAAAUUGAAGCUAACACACAACUUAUUUUUUAACCACAAUGCUUGUUUGAAACGAGAUCAGCUGACGAGAUGAAACUUGUUUUGUGUUCAAUUGUUGACGUUUCCAUCUCAAAACGUUCGAUUAUGCUCGAUUGCUAAAGUGUUCUAUCAGUGGGAAAAGUUUUGGGUGAGUUCGAUUACCGAAGUCAAUCGAACGAUCGGCGUUCGAUUGGGUUCGAUUACCGAACGUCCUACUGACUACGGCGGGCGUAUGAAAUUUCAGCUCAAUUCUGUGAACGCCUGGCAUUCACAAACGCUUACGUCAAUUUCACUUUUUGCUGGUCGUCAAGAAACACCGGGAACCUUUACAUUUGCCAUCUUACUAAAGGUUUCAAGUCCAACAGUCCCAUAAUUAAGCAAAGUACACACUCGACCGCCUUAGUAGAUAAAGUCAGUCUUACCUGAAGUUCUAGUGUGAACCCACAAACCUUUGUUCAUCCUUUUGGAAACACUAACGUCAGUUACUCGGAUGUAUUGUUCGGACCAUUUUCUUCGCUUUUUUUUUCGGUUUCGUCCAAUUAUAUGCUUAAACUAAAAUAUUUUUUUAAUUUGUCUUAAAGAACCCAGUGAGAGACCUGAAACCCAAGCCUGUAACCGCGAUAGUGAUGACGACGAGAGAGACUGUGACAGCAAUAAACUCAAAGGGCAUUUAGAAAACCCACGUCAGAUGCAACAAGAAACCAACGAAGACAUAUCAAAGGAACCAUCAACCAGUAGGCAAGUAAUAAAACAAAAAUUCAGAAGUAUCAGUUGAAGAACCAACAGAGGCCUCUCCCGUACUUUGGAUCAAUUUGAAUUACAACUGCAAUAUACUUUGAGCGCUUUAACAGACUAAGAGAGCUACAACCUCGGAUAAAGCCUUUUGAGACACAUUUUAAAAAUGCCUGUUCUUGUACUCAUCUUACAGGGGGGCCACACAAUCUGUUUGUGUAACUGUUUGUAAUUUUAUAGUAUAUAUAUCGCUAAAUAUUUGCGUGGAUCAUUGCUCAAUAAGCGUUGUAUUAUAUGUUACUUAUGAUAAAUUGCCGUCUUUUGCCUCAAAAGUGGUAUUUUGAGCGACUUUGAAGGAUUCCUCUUGGAACGAAACGGCGAGAUUAGGAGGAAGAGUAAAAAUGUUAAUAUACCACGGACAAACACGGUACCCUUUACAACGAAAACAACAACAACAACAAUAAUCUUUAUUUUCCUUUAUUCAAGUUUCACAAAAGUGCACGGGCGUGCAGGUAGCUAUUAGGGAACUUCAGCACAAGAAGUUCUUGAUUCACGAACGACAUGGCUGGCAGCGCAUAACUGGAUCGGGAACACGGUUUGCGUGCCAAAUGCAAAUCAUUAAGCAAAACAACGUGAAACGAUCACGAACGCCGACAGAAUAAUUCAGUUGAAAAUGCCUUUCAAAGACUUGCAUUAAGUUUUGUUUCUUUCUUACGAACAAAACAUGAUUUGAGACAAAGAAUUUCUACUUUUGUAUUACAAAUACUCUUCGAAGAACCCAGAAUUUGAACUUCUGGUUUCAACCUGAGAACUCGCGUUUUGAAGUCCGUGACCGCAGCUCAAGAACGUCUUGACAUGCGCAGUGGCUGUCAUGCUGCAAAAAUACUUCCGGUUGGCGUCCGUGGUACCAGGCUUGGCGGGCCAGUCAAUUAACGUGUAAAGAAUAAUUUUAUUGUUUUAUGUAUAUGUUUGUCCCUAGAUGAAAGAUUAUACAAAGGAGAGAAAGAAUUUACUUUUCGUUCUCCUUUUGGAGUGAUCUUACCCUACCUCCCAUUUAACAAAUGGACUGGUAUCCAUUUUAAACAAUUUGACUAAAGACUACACGUCCGCGCGUUCUCAAGUUCCUGCAUACUACUUAUAUAUGCGUUUUACUGUAAACACAUGGAAAGCAUGUUCCCCUUUCUGGACCAGUGCACAAAAACAAUGCAUCUUAAUACAUCUUUUUACAGGGGGAAUCUUUAUCAAAUACGUUAUUUAAGAAAUAAAUGCGAAGAAGAUCAUAGCAGUUAAAGACUUAACUUGAGCAGUUGCGAAAAGAAAUCCUGAAUAAAUUGGGGAUUGCCUAUAAGAUAAAAAAAAACAAUAAUAAUUUGUCAUACAGUUGAACGAUGUUAUAAAGUAUUUUACUAUAACAUUUGCUUUUGUACCUUUAGGGGACCUGGAGAUUUACCCGGGGACCUCGUGAGUGCUGUUUCUGGUUAUAGCUCAUUUCCAUCCAAAGAGGUGAGCAAGCAAAUUAAAGUUUGAACCAAGUGGCCCAUUUUCGAUAUCCUGAGUUAGAUUGUACGCAAAAGCUUUGCACUUGCAUCAGUCAAGAAAGCAUUUACAAUAGGAAACUUAAGCAACGACGACGGCGACGGCAACGAGAACUGUAAAAAAGCAAUAGGAUUAGAUUGGCAUAACAACAAAUUUGCACGUGCACAUCACGCUUCUUGGUAUAUUUCUUAGCCGUCUUUGCACGACUAGAACGUGAAAGUGCCUAAUUUCACGUUUUUUCGAGGACGAGAACAGGAGACAACAACUUUCUUGUUCUUUUCCUGAACUUUGACACAGUCCUUUAGAAUUCAACUCCAAGAAAAUUUGCCAGCUAUUGACAAAUUAAACAAGAUGAAUAAGCGUGAUAAAGUUUGAGGCAGCGCGAAUUCACUUUUUAAGCGACUUUUUUGUAGCUGUCGCCGUCGUUGAUGCUUAAGCUCCCUAAUACUUUUUUGACUCACCGGUAAAAUGUCUUCUCUUCAACAGGUUACGCCACUGGAUCCUGAGUGCUCGUUAAAGGCAGAAGGUAACAAUUGCUUAAUAUUGAAUGUCAGUCUAAAGUACAAGACUGUCUAGUUUAUUAGCUAAAUAAUCAAGGAUUUGAGGCGCACUUAACAUAAAUGUUUGAUGCGAAUUUCCACGUAGACCGCCAAAUUUGAAAUGGCAUUGAGCGCGAUUUGUCUUGUAGCCUGUGCCAGGCUGUCAGAUAGUAGGGACGUCGCGAGAACAAGGUCAAACUGGCGUGAUCUAACAAACGGGCACCUCCACUCUCCCCAGCCCUCCCCUCGACCCCGCGCUUUUCGCAUCAGUUUUCACGAACGUUGCACAUCGCUGCACAUCACUAUCUUGGAGCUUGGAACAACAGGCUAUUUGUUGCCAGACAAGGAUGGCGAUUUCGUUGCAGCGCCACAUCGUGGGCGAUAUUGGGAAACAUUAUCCGUGUCUGGGAAACUGUCCACCUACCCCUCCCCUAAGCCAACAGUAACACUUACUUCUCACUUAGGGCAAAAUAUUGGGAGGGGGGUGGGGGUGGGUGGGCAGUUUCUUAGAAACGCAUAAUGAUCCGAUAGUUGCAUCCAUGUCCAAUACUCAGAGUCAUCACAUCUUGAAGUGGUAGGAGACACAAAGUGAGUUGCUUUGGCCAAAAUGGUCAGUAGAGCGUUUAUCAGUGUAAUACUCUUGUACUGUUUGACUACACGAUCUUGUUGGUGUCUUAUUAUUCUCAAAGAUGAUUCGCCUGCAAGCGACACGGAUAAUUCGCCAUGGACAGACAAGAAUGUUUUAUCCAGCAUCCUUACCAGCAAGGGUGGUGUAGUGGAUGGGGAAGGAGUCAGACUGGUUUACCCUCCAGGAGCUGUUGACAGUCCCGUGAAUGUAAACAUAACAUUUGAAGAUCCUUCCAAGUAUGAUGGAUUUCUCAUUCGAAAGGAUCUUGAAAAUGAUGUCAUGUUUGGUGCACCCAUCCUCAAUCUUCAACCGAAUGGCUAUUUCUUCAAGAAACCUGUCACCCUGACAACCAAGUUCGCUAUUCAGGGUAUGAAGUGUAGUGACGUUCUUGUUAUGCAUGGGACAGACGCAGUAGUCGGGAAGAGCGUCUGGGAGGAUAUUACUGAAAACACACAAAUUGAUGUAGAAAACCAAGACGUGACUAUUGUGAUUGGACAUUUCUCACGAAUUGUGGUUUUAUUAAAAUGCACUUGGACUCGCCCCGAAAACAUAAAAUUCCGUUUCAACUCGCGGGCAUUUCAUUACACUUUUUUGGUGUUAAAGAAAAGCUAUACCUCGUCCGAGGAGGUGGAGAGGGAAGUUGAAGAGGAACUUGCCCUACUAUUUGUGAGCCAAGACGUGUAUCACGAACAGUUUUACAAAAAGCAGGAAACUUCAGCUUUGGUCCAACUAAAAAAAGAACGAUUUGUACAGCUACAUGUACGUCGCAUUGAUUCUCAGCCAAGAAGGCGGAUUUACCACAACGAAAUCCUUCGCUUAGAGAUUCACAUUGGAGAAGACUACGAGGUAGUUGAGGAAAAAAAAGAGUUGGAUGUAAAGUCUUCGAAUUGGUGGAAGGCUGGAGAGGUUGUCAGGGUUCCUCUUAAAGUGAAUCAAGAUGUCAGAAGUCUGUGCGGAACGAUAACCGUACAGGGAGAACACGGACACAUCAGCACUUGGCACUUUAGUGAAAAAGGUAAGUUGUUAGGAUGAUGUUUAUCCAGUCUGCAACACAAGCGACCCGAGUCACCCAACAGGAGUCGAACCUAUGGCUAGUUUCUAGUUUCUUGUCCGCGCCCCAGUUGUUCAAAAGGUGGAUAGCACUAUGUACGGUAUAAAUCUCUGUCCAAGGGAUAACGAAAUUGUUCCUCCAAAUACAUAUCCACUGGAAAUAUUUAUCUGGGUGGGCGGUCCACCUUUUGAACAACUGGGGCUAGAUGGUCUACUGACUGAGCUACAGGAGAAUCUUGGCAGCUUCGUUCACUGGACAUACAUUCUACAUACUACUUAGCCUACUAGCAAGCUCUCCAUUUGGGGAUUUCGUGAAAAGUAGACGCGCGAGAAGCACGCGCGUUCUCUCGCGGCUUCCUUUGCUCCCCCAAAUAGGAGAGCUACAUACUUCUAGGUCCGGAAUGCGAGCUUGGUUGCUUUAAGAUAAUCUACAUACUAUUGUUAAUGAAACAGUUUAUUGCCCUUUCCGAUGACAACGACAGUAACGGCUAUAAAGUGAUUACAUUUAGUAAUUAGAGAGAUUUAGGGUGAAUUUGUAUCACGUGACCAAGUUUUCCCUUAUACUUGACGGAAGUUUUGUCUAUAAUAAUAGGCCAUUUCCAAAUUCAAAAAUUCUCACUUUCAAAACGAGGCUAAGUGCAAAACCUUCGUCAUGAAAAUGAAUUUUUAUAGCAUGAUAAUAAAAAAAUCAUUUUUUUCUCAAUGGCUUCGCACUUUGCCUCACUUUGAAACAGAGGCUUGGUACAACUCGGAAAUGGCCUAUUGGUUUUUACUGUUUUUGAAUCUGACGUUUACCGUUCGGCCCGUAAACUGAACAUCACUCUAAAUCUCUUUAUUAGUUGCUUCUUUGCCGUUGGCUGAUUGAACCAAUUUAAUACCAGAAUUGCAUUAUUUUCCACAACCGAUUUCAAAAGAGCUUUCUUGAUUGGUCGCCCAUAGUAAGAGAAAGGGGCUUUUACUCGCACUAAGCACUGUUAUUACUAAGAAGAGCGCAUCAUUUUGAGCCCUUCUUAAGGAUUCCAUCUAAAACAGAGCUAGGAUUAGCACAGUCGGUUAGCGUGCGGCCUUCUGUGUGGCAAGUUCCAAGUUCGAUUCCCAGCGGGUGUGACGUCAAGUUCUUGUUUCGACUUCUUUCCUCUCUGUGUCGGUUUAAGCAGCUGUAAAUACCCGUAAAACGGAGCACUGAUGGGAGAGAGGGCGUAAAAUGAGCGCACCGUCGGCCUCAGGUUUGUUAGUCUAACAAUUGCUGUUACGAGGUACGGUUGUAAAAUAAUGACUUAUUUGUAUUUUUCAAUUUUUUUAAUUUUUUGAUAUAGAGUUUUAAAGUUAUUGAUAGGAUUAAGUUAAUACCUCAAAUGUAAACUGUAAGGACGUUGAAGUAUAGCGUGGUAAGCUUACUUACAUUUGUAUCCUUCUAGUUUCAGACCUCUGUGGCUAUGUAAGGAGCUUGCUUGGUGUAGAAGAUGCCAUUUUCAACUUGAUUCCCAUUGCUAGGUCGCUUGACAUGCCUGACGAGGUUAUGAGACAAGUCACGAAGUGUUGGAAAGACGAAAGCAAGCAGCUGAACAUAAUUUUGAAACACUGGUCAGCAAUGGAGAAGAAUGUGGCUGAAGAUGUUGAUGCUCUCAGAAGGAAUCUUGAGAAUUUGAAACAGGGCUUCGCUGGUAAAGGUUUAACCCGAAUAAUCUUUUAACUAACGCUAGUUAUCCUCUUAAAAAGGUUAAGAAGUUCACCAUGACAAUUUUUAUUGAUGAAAUUCAAAUUAUUUAUAUAUGGACGCCUUCUGUAAAACCCUUUUAAAUACUAGCCUCCCACGCAGACGUUCUUUUGGCUCGUCACGCAAUCCUAUCGUGGGAAGGACCCCGUGACGAAGCCCUAAGCACGUCUGCAUGGGGGGCUAUUUAGAUACUUGUUCAUCACAAGUACUAAAAGUUGUGUUCAUCUAAAGCUAUUCACGACAAUUUCAUUUGUAACCUUUCUUUCUUCUAUUAAUUAUAUAAGUAAGUAACUAAUAUAUUUAUUUACCGUAAAAUUCCGAAAAUAAGCCCCUCUAAAUGUAAGCCCCCCAAACUCGUAACACAAAUAAAAAACCUUUCGUGAAAUCGCCCCUCCGAAUAUAAGCCCCCCGGGGGCUUGUACUUGGAAAUUGCCCUCAAAUACAAAGUAAAACAAACCAAAGACGGUAAAUUUCCUUCCAACUAUAAGCUAGCCCAAUCGAUUUUGAAACGCAAACUUCCCUCCGUACAUAAGCCCCUCAAAAAGGGCCUUUGAAAAAUAUAAGCCCCGGGGCUUAUUUUCGGAAUUUUACGGUAUUUUAACAAUGAAAAGAUUUGUCCUUUUUAAAUCUUGCCUAUUUUUAUCUCCCGAAAAACCUCAGAGACAUGUCCAGCACUUUGGGAUUUUUGGAGUAUUUCUUUCGAUUUUUAUCUCAGGAACAGUGGGAUAAGUUUACGUGUAUUUUGCAAAAAAUGUGGAAGGGGGUUGAUCCUCCCCAGUCCCUUCCUUCCGUCUUGUUUAAGGUUGAUGAUGAAGAGUUGUUGGGUUGGUAACUGUCUCUCUUUGUGUGUCAAGAGUUGGAAUAGACCGCCAAGUAAUUAAAACGUAUGGGACGAUAACAGGUAGAAUGGAACCAUGCAUUAUAUAUCUGUUGAUUUAUUAUUGUACAAAUUGCAUUUCUACAGACCAGGCAAGUUACAAAGUUACAGAAAGAGGCCAGAUGCUUAUAAGGAACUUGCGAGAACUUGCAAUCAAGAAUGCUGAGGCCGGUUUGUUUCACUUUUGCUGUACAUUACUGAGAGACCUGUGCAUCGAAAUGGAAAGCUCCGCUGAGGGCGUGGAAAAAGCAGCCUUGUCCACAAACAGUGCAGAAUAUUUUUUAGUCAACCAUUCAAAUGAGAAUCACCUGUCAAGUGCAAAUCGACGACCAAUACCACAAGAUGUCGCAUCGAAGUAUAGACAAGUGUUUUCGCUGUGUAAUAAGCCCUGUCUUAAAACUCUCCUGGCCAUCACUCCUUACCUUAUUCAAAACAUUAAGGAAAUCUAUGUUGACUGCGAAAGUACGGAGCCACAAAAUGGUUUAAAGGGAUUGUCAAAGGAAAAAGUUGAUCAUUUCGUGGCAGAUGUUGAAAAGGCAGAACAGGAGGAAGAUUACGAGGGUCUUGUUUUUUUGAUAUGUCGUGUUCUUGAAAAAUUGUCCAAAAAAAAUGUUAAGGAUCCGGUACUUACAGAAAUCGAAGAGAUGAGCGAAAGUCUGGAAAUUCGUCAAAUGCUGAAGCCUUUGAAGCGUUUUUUUCAGUACAGCCGGCAAGACAUCAGAUUGCAUAUGAGAUUACACCUUUUUUCUCGUCGCCUUAGGGAUACAUUGACCAGGCGCGCGGAGAGAGAUAAAAUUGACGUCUUUCCCCUUCAUAAUGUUCGCAACAUGUUGCUAAGCCUUAUUCGUUUCGCCAAGCAUGAUCCAUCAAAAAUUGUAAGAUUUGAGCUGACUGAUGCAACCAAUUUCCCUUUGUCUUGUUACCGUGAGAACGUAAGAUAUAACAAGCCUGAAGCUACAUACAGUCAGAUGUUUCGCGUGAAAAAGGAGUCCGAGGAGGUACUUCAACUACAUGCAGUGGCACUUGUUCAUACCGAAGAAGACAAAGAAAGGAAAAAGAGAGAAAUAGAGCAGAGAGAGAAAGGAUCCUUCCAGUCAGAGAUCGUGUUACAUGCGUCCGUCGAAAGAGCGUUCGACAGAUGCAUGAGACGUCAUCCCAACAUCGCUGUAUUGAAGCUGAAGGACAAACGUUCUGGAAAUUUACGUGUGAUCCUUUGUUCAAGGCAGCAAGAGAAACUCUUGAACGUGAAAAUGGCAUUGGAACGAAAACUGCGACUUGAUUUCGAAACGUCGAAAAUCACAUGGUAUGGCCUAAAAAUGGCUUCCCUUGAAUCCCAGACAGGAGCGUUUUUAAGUGUGCGACUUGCGUACAAAUGGGGAUCCGAAAGAGUUGUUCUUGACAGCAAGGACUUUGUAACUUUGGCCAAUUGUUCCGUUGGUGGCCCUGCAUUUUCAGGUGGGAUUUCUCAGUUAGUAUUUAACAAAUGAUUCGUCUCCACAUUAAUCUAUUUCUCCGUUUUAUUUUUUUAAUUCACCAUUGCCAGUAAUGGAUGAUGUUUAACAUUUGUAAAGCUGAUGCAUGCCUUGUGGAGAUACUUGUUUCCCUUGUUUCAAUUGUCUCAGAAAGUAAUUAACCUUGGGAAGCUUAUUAAGCAACGACGACGACGACGGCAAUAUCAAAGUCCCUGAAAAAAAUGAUUUUGAAUUUUUCCUGGUUCAAAAAGAGAAAGGAAAAUUUGUCAUUGCAUGUUCACGUCCUCCAUGACUGAAAAGGACAUGAGGAAGUUUUACGUCAGUCUUGCAAUGGACGUCAAGGAAAUGUUCUAAAAAGGUUGAGGCAUGUGCAGAGCUGGGCCCAGUUGUCAAAAGCCGAUUAGCGCCUAACCCGGGGUUAAAUUUAACCCAGGUCUCUUUUUCCUGUGUUCAAAAGCAUUUUCUCGGAUAAUUUUCUGUGCUAUUUUUAGAGCUUCCAAUCAUCAACUUGUGGACAAAAAGAAUUAAAACUGAAAUGCUUUCUGAGCUUUCAUAUCUGAAUUCAAAUAUCGCACUAACCCUGGGUUAUCUUAAUGCAAAUUAUCUCCGGUACGGAGUAUAGGAGAUAAUGACUUUCUACGUGUUAUUUCUUGGGCAUGUUGGUAUUAUCACCCCUUAUUGGUGUUAGUUAAUUAUCUAUUGUGCUAUGUAGCUAUAUAUAUUUGUUAAUGUAUGCUGUUUGUCACUCUCGCUCCAGUAAGCUGUACCAGGCAGAUAAUUUUUUGUUAGGCACAAGAAGACGCAAGAUGCCCCUUCCGGGACAAGUUGCUCCCGAUUUGCGAGAAGAAGGUUCUUCUAACGCUGGUUCUGAUGGUUUUCAUUCUUUAGUGCAGCAGGCUGUAGCUGAUUCGAUGGCUUCCGUUACCAUGCAGAUAUCGUCUUUAAUCGACUCCCGCUUCGACAACUUUAAGAAGCAGUUCACGGAGGAAAAUUCUUCAUCAGUUGAGGCAGCCGUUAAACGUGCGAAGCGCGCUCGUUUUGUUUUCCAGAGCAAAGGAAACGAGCAGCAGUUUGAACAUGCCGAAUCUGUUUUGGACAAGCUCGAGAGUGCGAAGGGUGCGCUUAACGCCAAUGCCAUUUCCAAAGCCAAAACCGCCAUUGAUGAAGGUAUUGCUUUAGUUACUAAAAGAAUGAAGGUAAUUAAGAUCGCCGAUAAAAGUCAGUAUAGCUGGGCCACUGUUCAAGAGUACCUUUCGGACGAAUUGGCAUCUGACUCGGAGGAUGAGAAGAGGUUAUUUCGCUCGGAGAGGAGAGCAGAGAAGAAAGUUAAAGAUUCGAAGAAGAAGCGCUCUCAGAAGCAUCAGCAUCAGAGAUUUCAGCCUUAUCCACCGUUCAACCCUAACCACCGUUCUUCCUUACCGACUUUGGAUGCGCAUUCUAAUACAGGAAGUCGUUUUGGCCGUGAUCUAGGCGUUCGUGGUCGACAGAUUGGCCCGUGUUUUUAA